AUGGCGGCAAUCUCCAGCUUCUCCUCGCGCCCAAAUUCCAGCCCCAACCCAAACCCUAGCUUCAUCUCUUCCAUGCUGCAGCCGUACCUUGAUCAGCAACCGCAGCGUGUUCAGCCCGACCCGUAUCUGGACGACGGGUACAGCGGAUCGAUCUCCUCCUCCGAAGACAGCUCCAUCGCUCCAAACCCAAAGCUAAGCUCAAACCGUAGCCCGAUCAAGCUCCUCCAUGUCUCCUUCAACCAGGACUACGGCUGUUUCGCCACCGGCAACGACCGGGGGUUCAGAAUCUACAACUGCGACCCUUUCCGGGAGAACUUCCGCCGCGAUUUUGAAGGCGGUGGUGGUGGGUUGGGCAUUGUCGAGAUGCUCUUCCGAUGCAACAUCCAUGUCCUGGUCGGUGGGGGAGACGCGCCCCAGUACCCAUUGAACAAGGUCAUGAUUUGGGACGAUCACAAGAGCCAGUGCAUUAUCGAGCUUUCCUUUAGGUCGGAAGUGCGUGGGAUCCGAUUGCGGAGGGACCGGAUUGUUGUUGUACUUGAGCAGAAAAUUUGCGUCUACAAUUUUGUGGAUACGAAGCUGUUGCAUCUGAUUGAGACGAUUGCCAACCCCAAGGGGCUCUGUGCGGUUUCGCAGGCUGCGGGUUCGUUUGUUUUGGUUUGCCCGGGGUUACAGAAGGGGCAGGUCAGGGUGGAGCAUUACGGGUCUAAGAGGACUAAGUUCAUCAUGGCUCAUGAUUCGAGUAUUGCAUGCAUUACGCUGUCUCAAGACGGUAACUUUCUGGCAACGGCGAGCAGUAAGGGGACUUUGAUUCGGAUAUAUAAUACGCAUAACGGAAGUUUGCUGCAGGAGGUACGAAGGGGGGCAGACAGGGCAGAAAUAUAUAGUCUGGCAUUUUCACCCACAGCCCAGUGGCUGGCACUCUCAAGUGAUAAGGGCACUGCUCAUGUUUUCGGCCUUAAGGUUAAUUCUGGAUAUGUUGGAAGCGAAAGGUCAAGUAGUCCUGAACCAAACCCUUCUAUUGCGACUUCAACUUCCUCCUUGUCUUUCAUUAAAGGAGUGCUGCCGAAGUACUUCAGCUCAGAGUGGUCUGUAGCCCAAUUCAGGUUACCUGAAGGAUCCCAAUAUAUUGUUGGUUUUGGCCACCAGAAGAACACGGUGAUAAUUCUCGGCUAUGAUGGAAGUUUCUACAGAUGCAGAUUCAACCCUGCAACUGGUGGGGAGAUGACUCAAUUGGAGUAUCACAAUUUUCUGAAUCCGGAAGCAGCUUUCUAG